AUGUCGUUACCGGGUAGCGAAUUACGUCACCGUCGUUCGACCAUUCAAGAAAUCGUGCAAAGCUUGGAUGAACUGGAAGUGGAUAUGAUAGUAGCAACACCGUGCACGAAUUUGGUGGCGCAGUUGCAAGGAAGCGACACCUCUGAACAGUUGUUUCUAUUGAACAAUCAGUUCAAGAAGGAUGCAACUCGUUUCGAGUUCACUCCCAAAGAAGAACUGUAUUGGAAAGAAUUAAAACGCAGCAAACAAAGCGACAAAUCCAACGCCGGGAUUAUUUUUCAAAGUUUGGAUAAUUUGCAAUAUGUAAGUGGCCGAGUGGAAGAGGGACUGAAAGCAGAAGCGGAAGUGAAACAGCGAGAAGAAGCUCUUGCAAUUGAACGAGAGCGUGAAAAAACAAAAGGCGGUCGUGAUGAUAUGAAUGAUUUGUUUGGUGGUGGUGCUGAAAUUCUACUGAUUCAGAAUGGCGUCAAUGUGUUUCAUAUUAUCGCGAGUAACUCCGACAAAGACGAAGGGACUGCGUGUCGCAUAAGUGGACGUGUUCGAGUGAAUAAAGUAAAGGGCGAUAGCGUUGUGAUUACGCCUGCUAAAGGUGUUGACAAUUUGCUUGCGCAUUUCGACGGACUCUUUGGUGGUGAUUUUUAUAUUUGUUCCUGUCAUCACUCUGGGAUGCAUGGAAAGAAUCGUGUUGAUACAACAAACUUAUCGCAUCGUAUUGAAAAACUUAAUUUCGGUACAUCCAUUCGUGGUUUGUUAACACCGCUGGCUGGUACAGAACAAAUCUCCUUAGAAGGUGCGGACGAGUAUCGAUAUUUCUUGAAGAUUGUACCAACGAGGAUAUUUCACCAUGGCGUCUUUGGUGGUUCAACAAUGACUUACCAGUAUUCGGUUACGAAAACGGUUUGCUCUACAAACUAA